CCGGCGCCCUUGGUGGUCAAAGUGAGCCCAGGCAUCAAAGAUGUUCGACCCUUCAUCGUGUGCUGCGUGCUCAAGGGAGUGAACUUAAAGCCGGGAAAUGCUCUGAAGAGGUUCCUGUCGACACAGACUAAACUGCACGAAGACAUCUGUGAGAAGCGGACAGCAGCCACAAUUGCCACCCACGACUUGCAGCUGAUCAAAGGUCCUCUGAUUUAUGAUGUUCGGCCUCCUGAUGAACUGAAGAUAGCGCCCCUGGGUCGAAAGGAGAUCAAGGCAAAGGAUCUUCUCCGUCAGCUGCAGUUAGAAGCUGAGGAGCAGAGGAAACAGAAGAAGCGUCAGAACGUUUCUGGGUUGCACAAGUAUCUCCAGUUACUGGAUGGCAAAGAGAACUACCCGUGUCUUGUGGAUGCCGAAGGCAGCGUGAUUUCCUUCCCACCAAUAACCAAUAGUGAGAAAACAAAGAUUAGAAAAGAUACCCGUGAUCUGUUUCUGGAAGUGACAAGUGACACCAGCUUACAGAUAUGCAAAGAUGUCAUGGACACACUAAUUCUGAAAAUUGCAGAACUGAACAGAUUUACCUUGGAAAAUAAGGAAGACUCUGGCUCGGAUGACGAAUCUGAUGCUCUUUGUGGACCAGUGAAUUUGAAGCCCAGCCAAAGUGUACAGCUGAUGAAUUUUCCAUUGGGAGUGGAGCAGGUUCGAGUGGUGGACACAGAUGGAAACUUGAAAGUACUUUACCCUUCAAAAACUGACCUAACCACAGUUUCCUCUCUUCUGACUGUAGUACGUUAG